GUGUAGGGGAGGAGGCGCGGCGCUGUUUUGUCUCCUCCUCUCCCUGUGGAGCUGCUCUUGCUGCCGGGGAGGCCCCGGCCGGCUCCCUCCGGACUCUUGGCCCUCGGCGACGGCGGCGGCUGCCCCUCGGCCCAGCGGGGAGGGACCGAGGCGCGGCGGCCCUCGGCUGGGACUCGACUCGCAGAGUCCUUGGUUAACCAUCUUCAGAAGAGUGGAUUUCUGAUGUACCAAACUCCAUGUCUCUCAUUGAAAUUAAAAUUUGAUAUCACAGAUAAACAGCAUUGACAACUAUCUGUGAAACUUUGUAUAUCUUAAUCUCAGCCCUCGAAGCUUCCCCAGGGAACCCAUAAUGACAUCUGCAGUGGUUGACAAUGGGGGUUCUGUUUUGGAGCUUUCCAGCAAUGGAAUAGAAAAUCAAGAGGAAGGUGAACAAGUUUCCAAAUAUCCAGCAGUGAUUGUGGAGCCAGUUCCAAGUGCCAGAUUAGACCAGGGCUAUGCAGCCCAGGUUCUAGUCUAUGAUGAUGAGACUUACAUGAUCCAAGAUGUGGCAGAAGAGCAAGAAGUUGAAACUGAGACUGUGGAAUCAGUUGAAGCAUCAGUUCAUGGUAGUAAUGCACACUGCACAGAUAAGACAAUUGAAGCUGCUGAAGCCUUGCUUCAUAUGGAAUCUCCAACCUGCUUGAGGGAUGCAACAAGUCCUGUGGAAGUCUUUGUUCCCCCUUGUGUAUCUACCCCAGAGUUUAUUCAUGCUGCUAUGAGACCAGAUGUCAUCACAGAGACUGUGGUUGAAGUGUCAACGGAGGAGUCUGAGCCUAUGGAAUCCUCUCCUGUUCCAACCUCACCAGAAAUCCAUGAGCCAAUGAAAAAGAAGAAAGUUGGCCGUAAACCAAAGACCCAACAACCAGCUCUUUCCAAUGGGUCGCCUGAAUUAGGCAUCAAGAAAAAACCCAGAGAAGGCAAAGGUAACACAACAUAUUUGUGGGAGUUCCUUUUAGAUCUCCUUCAGGACAAAAAUACCUGUCCUCGAUAUAUUAAGUGGACACAGAGAGAAAAGGGGAUAUUCAAGCUUGUGGAUUCCAAAGCUGUAUCCAAGCUCUGGGGAAAGCACAAGAACAAACCGGACAUGAACUAUGAAACUAUGGGAAGGGCCCUGAGAUACUACUACCAAAGGGGGAUUCUUGCAAAGGUAGAAGGUCAGAGGCUUGUGUAUCAAUUCAAGGAGAUGCCAAAAAAUAUAGUUGUCAUAGAUGAUGACAAAAGUGACACUUGUAAUGAAGACUUAACAGCAACCACUGAUGAAAAGUCAUUGGAACGAGUUUCGUUAACUGCCGAAAACCUCCUGAAAGCAGCAGCUUCUGUGCGGGGAAAGAACUCAUCUCCUUUAAACUGUAGCAGAGCUGAGAAAGCUGUAGCCCGAGUUGUGAACAUCGCCUCCCCUGGGCAUGAAGCUUCUUCGAGAUCUCCUUCCAGCACCACCUCUGUUUCAGCAACAACUGCCCCAAGGACAGUUCGUGUGGCAAUGCAAGUGCCUGUUGUUAUGACCUCUUUGGGACAGAAAAUUUCAACAGUGGCAGUUCAGUCAGUCAAUGCAGGCUCAUCAUUAAUAACCAGCACCAGCCCCACAACAGCAACCACUCCAAAGGUUGUAAUUCAGACAAUCCCUACAGUGAUGCCAGCAUCUACCGAAAAUGGAGACAAAAUCACAAUGCAGCCUGCCAAAAUCAUCACUAUCCCAGCUACACAACUCACACAAUGUCAGUUGCAGACAAAAUCAAGUCUAACUGGGUCAGGAAGCAUUAAUAUAGUUGGGACCCCGCUGGCUGUGAGAGCACUCACCCCAGUGUCCAUAGCCCAUGGGACACCUGUAAUGAGACUCUCAGUGCCUGCACAGCAGGCGUCAGGCCACACGCCCCCUCGAGUCAUCAGUGCAGUGAUAAAAGGGCCAGAGGUUAAGUCAGAUGCGGUGGUUGUAAAGCAGGAGCCUGAAGUGAAGACUUUGCAGCUGGUACAGGAAGAGAAGCCAGCAGAUGGAAGCAAGGCUGUGACCCAUGUGGUGGUGGUCAGUGCUCCCUCUACCAUUGCUCUUCCACUAACAGUGAGACCAGAAGGCACGGUGACGUGUGAGAAGUGAGGCAGCUCCAGACUGCCUGGCUGAUGAAACACAGACGGGGUCGGGACAUCAUCAAGAACAUUUAUGGAGACUGUACAACUUUUUUAAUGCAUAUAAGAAAGCAAUCAGAGACUUACUGGAAAUAAAUUACCUUUAUCCCAUGUUUAAGUGGGAAAUGAACUACACAUUGAGAUGCUGACAGAAAACUGCCUCUUACAAUAAGAAAAUGUUAACAUGGAUAUGAAAAAGGAUUGAAAAAGGGACCAAGCAGUUCACUACAUUAUGAAGUUACACUAAGACUUGGAACACUAAAAUAAUUCUGUAAGAGGUGAUCUCUUAGGUUAGGGGAGGGGGGAUAGGGAAGGAUGGUCUCAUUGUUACAAAUAGCAAAUUUCUGAUGCAUUUUUUAUGCAUACCAGCAAUUAUUACUGUGCAAACACAGUACUCACUUAACUGGUGCUAUGUGAAGACUCUGCUAAUAUAGGUAUUUUAGAAUGUGAAUUGAAGAAUGGAUCCAAAAGCUUCUGAAAGAGGACAACAGAGAAAAGAGAGACCUAGUGGAAUUUUUGUAUCAUAUAGCUUACGCUGAUUUAAAACAAAAGCCUUAGACUGAUUUUCAGUUUUUCUUUCUUGAAAUAAGCUAAUGGCUUGUUUGUGUAAAGCUUUUUUUAUUAAAAGAAAAAUUUUAAAAAUCUUGUACCUAGCACAGUAUUGUUAUAGAAUUUACAUGUAACAUAUUUUGUAUGGUAGUUUUAAGUCUGUCGCUUUCUUAAUUGUGGACAUAGUAGCAGCUGGCUUUGGCCUUUGCUGACACAUGCCUGUGCCGCUCACCCAGCCUUGGCAUCUGUGCAUACAUUUCAGUCUCAGCUCUACUCUUUCACUAGAAAGUUCACGCUCAGCAUGAAUUUUUGUCAGGUAGUUUUAAACCUGUAUUUCUUUCUUUUCUUCUCUUUUCUUUCUUUCUUUCUUUUUUUUUUGUUAGUUCAACUUAAAGGAGGGAAAGUACCAGUGUUCAGAAUUGAACUAUAAUAGUUUGUAUAUUCAACAUUUGAAGUAUACUAUAUUUUGUUGUACUCUUGUUUCAAAGUGUAUUCACGUAGGUUUUACUGAAAUAUAGAAAUGAAAUUUAUU